AUGGUGAAUAUUGGUAUUGUCGGUGUGGGUCUUGUUGGAUCCGAGCUCGUCUCUCAAAUUGCUCAAUCCUCUCGUAGCAAGCUCUUCAAGGUCAUUGGUUUAGCUACCUCCCAAAAGAUGGUUCUUUCAGACGCCUCUUACGCUAGUUUGUCUCUCCCUAACGAAAACUUACGCGCCAAUGUAAAUGCAACUGGUGUACAAACCAACCUUGAUCAAUUCGCUGAUUAUCUCGCCAAGGCCAAGGACCAUUCCAUUAUUAUUGACUGCACUGCCUCUGAACAAGUAGCUCAGUUGUAUCCUACUUGGCUCCGUGCUGGUCUUAGUGUCGUCACACCCAACAAAAAGGGUUUCUCUAGUUCUCUUGAACUUUUCAAGGAAAUUCAAUCCCUUGCUAUCAACACUAACCUCAGCAAGUCUGGUAAGACACCUUUGGUCUACCAUGAAGCUACUGUGGGUGCUGGUUUACCCGUCUUGUCUACCUUGACUGACUUGGUCAAGACAGGUGAUGAAAUCAUCAAGAUUGAGGGUAUCUUUUCUGGUACUUUGAGUUACUUGUUCAACAACUUUUCUAGCUUGACCAAUCCCGAUCCUAAGCCCUUUUCUGAAAUUGUACGUGUGGCUAAAGAUUUGGGCUAUACUGAACCUGAUCCAAGAGACGAUUUAAAUGGUAUGGAUGUGGGUCGCAAGGUCACUAUUUGUGGUCGUUUGGCUGGCCUUGAAUUAGACCUGUCAACACUUCCUGUUGAAAACAUUGUGCCUGAAGCACUUCAAUCUGUUGAAUCUACUGAAGAAUUUAUGGCCAAGUUGCCUGAAUUUGAUCAUCAUUUUGCUGAUUUGAACGCUGCUGCAUUAAAGGAAAACCAAGUACUUCGUUAUGUUGGUUUAGUAGAUAUUCAAGGUGGUCAAAGCGGUGUCAAAUUGAUCAAGUACCCUGCUUCUCAUCCUUUUGCUUCCCUUCAAGGUAGUGAUAAUAUCAUCAAGUUUACUACCAAAUUCUUCCCCAGUGGUAUCAUUAUUCAGGGUUCUGGUGCUGGUGCUGCAGUUACUGCUUAUGGUAUUUUUACUGAUCUUCUCAGAAUUCAGGAACGUGUUGAAUGUUGUUAA